AUGCACCCGCACACCCUCCCCUCGGACAGCGCGCCCGACUCCUCCUCCGAUGCUCCCACGCUCGAAAGCCUGCCUCCAGAACUGAUUGCCGCCAUCGGCGUGCAUGUAAAGCUGCCGUGGCUCGGCCGCUUUGCGUGCUGCUGCGCAGCUGUUGCCGGAGCCGUCCGCCAAGCCGAGGAGGCCUGGGCGGCCGUGUGGGCCUCCUUGACCGGUGGCGUGGCGCCCGCUCCGCUCGGCGCCCGCGCGGCGGUCCGGUCCUUGCUCACGCUCGACCAGGCUCACUGGCGCUCGCUGCCCGGAUCGAGUGGCGAAGCACCGGACUGGCGGCAGCACGGCUGCGUCCUCACCUGCAGCGGCGGCACGCGUCUGAUCCUCUUUGGAGGGCGCGACGGCCGCCGCUUCUUCUGCGACACGUGGGCUUGCGACCUGGCAUCCGGUGCCUGGGUGCGGGUGGCGGCCCAUUCGGACGCUCGCUGCCCGUCGCCGCGAUGCUUCAACAGCGACUCUGGCGGCGGGCGCGUGCUGCGGAGCGGCGAGGAGGAGUGGGCAGUCUUGCACGGGGGCCUCUGCGCGCCUGGCUACCGCGACAGCCAGACCUGGCUCCUCGGCCCGCUGUCGCACCCGCCGGAGGAGUGGUCCUGGCUGCCCGCCUCUCCGCCAGAUCACGUCGAGGGAGCUGCGCCGGUGGCUCGCUUUCACCACACCCUGACUCUGCUCCCGCGCCGCGAGGCCGCGGGCGACGACUCGCUCGCCCUGCUCGGCGGGCACGACCGCACCAUCUCCCCGCUCCUCGACCUCCGCCUCUUCUCCCUCCGGCACGCCUCCCUCCCGCGCAAAGCAAGCGGCGUAGCGGCCGCCUCUGUCUCCGUUGGCUGGAGCAGCUCUCUCUCUCCGCACCUCCUCGGGCCGGCGCCGUCGCCUCGCGCCUUCCACUCCGCGGCCCACUACGACCACCCCGCCGCCGGGAGGGGCCUCCUCCUCGCUUGCUGUGGGCUGGGGCCUGCGGCGGGCGGGGAGGAGGUGUUCGCGGCUCUCGACGACACGUGGGCCUUCGACCUCAGCUCCGGUCGGUGGCUCGAGCUGGCCGCCAGGCUGCCGCACGGCUUCGCCCGCUCCCGCGCCGCCCUCGCCGUCUCUCGCGACCGCCUCCUCCUCGCCGGAGGAUGCAGAGCCCGGGCUGCCGCCCUGGCGACCUACCUCCCCCUCACGCCGGGCCCCGCCUUCGACGACGUCUGGCUGCUCGACCUGAGGAGGGCUGAGCUCGCCCUGCGGCUGCCUGGAGAGUUUGCUACAAGCAAUCUCUCGUCGUACUCCAAUGCACCAGCACUAGGCCUCCGCCCUGCGGCUGUCUCCGCCUGGGAGCGGUGCGUGCUCCCCCACGAGCGGGCGCACCGCACGCCACACGCCAACGCCACCGCCGGCACGCUGCACGGCGGCGCCGUGGUCCUCGUGCUGGGCGGGCACGACACCUUCCUCUCCCCGCUCGCCGACGAGGCGGCGUGGGCGCUGCACGAGACCGAAGCGAUCGUCGUCGGCGAGCGGCCGGAGCGAACAGAGGCGCGGCUCUGCACGCGAGGGGCGCCACACAGCUGCGGGGAGGGGGGCGCCUCGCCCUCUCGCCGCCAGCUCGUCGGCGGCGCGCGGAUGCUCGUCCAAGGCCUCGAGACGCAGGACCUGUCGCGGCACGAUCCGCAGGCGCACAUCAACGGCUCCAUCGGCACGGUCGUCUCGCGCGCUUCCGGCUCCGCGGACGGGCGCGUCGAUUUGGCGCUCGGCCCGCCUCACAGCAAGAGCAUCUCGAUCCGGUGCCAGCAUCUCCGGCCGAGCCGCUCCGAGGCGCGAGGGAGCAUGCCAACCCUCGCCGCGCUGUGA